AUGGAAUCGAAGAAAAAGUGUAAAGUCAUUGAAAGCAGCCCCAAAACUCUAAUAGGUUUAAUGGAGCGUCUUCGUGAUGGCGAGACGGUCAUUUGCGCGGAGGGAUAUCUGUUCCUGUUUGAGCAUUGCGGUUACUUGACUGCCGGGUCGUAUGUUCCCGAAGUCGUUCUGGAACAUCCAGAGUUAGUCCGACAACAGUACGAGGAAUUUGUCCACGCUGGAAGUGACGUUGUACUGGCAUUCACUUAUUUUGCACACCGUGAAAAGAUGGCGCUGAUUGGUCGAGAGGACGAUCUGGAACGAAUCAACAAGCGUGCACUGCGCAUGGCACGUGAAGUGGCAGACGCUACUGGUACCCUGAUGGCUGGUAAUAUCAGCAACACCAACAUCUUUGUGGACACCGUUCCCAAUCAUCGAGAGAAAAUCUGGCAGAUCUUUAAAGAGCAGAUAGAGUGGGCUGUGGAUGCCGGGGCUGAUUUCAUAGUGGCAGAAACUUAUGACAAGUUUGGCGAAGCGCUUCUGGCUGUGCAGGCCUGCAAGGAAUUUGCAAAAGAUAUUCCGUGUGUGGUGACCCUUGCUGCCCAACAGGGUCAGGUGGACGGGAAGCCAGCUACUGUGGACGGCGUGGAGUACAGUGAGGCAUUCAACCGACUAGCGGACGCUGGGGCUGACGUGGUGGGGCUGAACUGCGCACGGGGACCAGCCACCAUGCUGCCCAUUCUGGAGGAAGCUGUCGACGCUUGCAAGGCGCCUCUUGCUGCUGUGCCUGUGAUGUACCGCACAACGAAAGAGGAGCCAAACUUCAUCUCAUCCAGGGAUCCACUGACGGGUGAGUCAUUGUUCCCCGUGAAUCUGGACUGUAUCCAGUGUAACCGUAAGGACAUCCACGACUUUGGUAAGCGAGUCCAGGAACUGGGCAUCAAGUACGUGGGUCUGUGUUGCGGCAACUCGGCUCACCUCACCCGAAGCCUGGCCGAGAGUCUGGGCCGCAAGCCGCCGGCCUCCCGCUACACGCCAGAUCUCAACAAGCACUGGCUCUUGGGAAAAGACGAUAAAUUACCCUCACUUGGCCAAGAAUCCAAGAUGAAAUAUGCCAAAAUCAUACCCAAAGUGGAGUGAUUGCCACUGAAAUAAUUUCAGUCAUGAUCCGUGGUGAACCAUGUUGAAAUAAGACAAGUUGUUUGGGGUGUAUUUCCUCAGACAAACGUCUUCUGGAAAUUGUUCACUUUCAUUAGUACCGGAGAUUAUAUUACCUUCACCCGGCCAAGAAUCCAAGAUAAACUUUGCCCGAACCUUAACUAAAAUAAAUUAAUCAGGAAUCGAAUCAAUACUCUUAGCAUUAGUCUUGUCCACAAAUGUCGGGACGUACAUAAUGGACGAAAUAUGAACGAUCCAACAUAAUAACUUUAAUUAAGGGCAAUACGGAAA